AUGGCGUCGAAGGGAAAAGGCAGAGCUGCCCAGAAGGGCAAGAGCUACGAGAAGGCUCGAGCCGGAAAAGGCUCGCCUUCGGACGAGCACUUCGAGCUGAAAAGCAGCAAGGUUCCUUUGGGUGAGGACAGCCGAGACGAGAUCUUGGCUUUGAUCGCCCAGCUCCGUCGGAGCACAGGUGUCCAGAAGCCAACGGCCGAAGGUGAAGGGGACAGCGAGGGGUCUGAAGAUGAAGCGGGUGUUUCCAACCGGCAAAGGCGAAAGGAACAGAUCCGCCUCAAGAAGAACCUCAUGAAGCAGUUGCUAGAAGAAGACAAGCGCGAGGCUCGAGCGACUGGUGAAGGUGAAGAUGCCAACGGUAAGUCGAAGGGUUCCAAGCCCGACUCCUCCCAUGUGCAGGUCCGAGUGUUCUAUCGUGACGAGCGCAAGCCCAGUGAGAAGAACAAAGGGCCUGAGCUGAUCCGGAGAGGUUCCACGGACGCCCUUGAGGAGUUUCUCGACAUGGCAAGGAAGAAGCUACAGAUCAAUGGCAAGCUACGGACCCAGCGACGUCUUUGGGUCUACAAGAAAGGUGACAAGGGCGAGCCUCAGCCUGCCUUAGCCGGGACAUUGCAACACCUUGGGUCCUGUGGCUAUGGGUCCUAUGGCUUGCCCUUCACACUGCCUCUUGGCUUCGACGGCGUGCCCUGCGAGCACCUUGAGGCCUGUGCCCGCGCUGCCGAAGGCGAUGCCUUGUCGCUGAAGGCACAUGCCGCGGCACUCGAUGACACCACAGCUAUCUAUGCUAAUGCCUGGUAUCCUUUGUGCUUCACCAACACCACGGACAGGUCCAGGCCUCACAGCAUCGAAGUUUGCGGCGCCAGUGUUGUUUUCUGGCACGAUGGAUCCCAGUGGCGCGCGGCCCUUGAUGAGUGCCCACAUCGCGCAGCACGGCUAUCUGAAGGGCGCAUCCGGGAGAACGGAGACAUUGAGUGCCCAUACCAUGGUUGGUCGUUCGAAGGUGGAACUGGCCGCUGCUCUCGGCUUCCCCAAGCAGACGCUCCGGAUCGCUUGACGGAGGCGGCGCGUGCUUGCGCAACCAUUCUGCCGGCUGAGGAACGCCAUGGCUUGCUGUUUGCUUGGGCCGCUCCUCUUUUCGGCUCUGCAGAGCCCCCCGACGCUGCCUCUUUGGAUGCUGUCUCUUGCAAGGACGUGUUCGCCACUCCAGGCGUGAAGUACGUGGAUUACUCACGGGACCUUCCCAUGGAUUUGCCCACGGUGAUGGAAAACGUGUUGGAUCCCUCUCAUCUUCCCUUUACGCACCAUGACACGAUCAGCAAACGUGACAAAGCCGCUCCUGUUCCGAUCAAGAUGGAAGGGCCGCCAACUGCCAAAGGUUUCCGCGGCGCACGGGUCACGACAGCUCCUGGUGCAGUGUCGUUCGUUUCUCCAAACCAUGUGCUCGCUUUGACCUCGCGGCCUGAAUCGUACCGAGACUGGAACAUUGUCUACGUAACUCCGGCACGGCCUGGCUGUUGUCGAAUCUUCGUUCGCGUGGUUUUCGAGGUCUCGAAGAUUGCUCCACCACUGCGCUUCGUCUUUGAGUAUGCCUUCUCACCUGCUCUCCCGGCUUUCUUCACACAUCUUUCCAACCACAAAGUCCUCGAGGAUGACAACAUCUUCUUGCACUUUCAAGGUGAGACCUUGGCGCCUGAGGGCAUCCAGGAUGGCAGCUGGCGAGAUCGACUGUACAUGCCAACGAGUGCUGACGCAGCUGUGAUACACUACCAUCGCUGGUUGGAGCAGUUCUCUUCAGGUGGCGUUACCUGGGCUCGACAGCGUGAGCGCAGGCUUUGGACCAACAAGCUUGAGCUCCUGGAGCGGCUUCAUUCCCACACGGAGCACUGCGACAGCUGCACACGUGCUCUCCACACGGCGCGCGCAGUGGGGAAGCUGGCUGAGCUGGCCGUGCUGCUGGGUGUGUUGGGAAUCUCUUUGUUCCCGGACUUUGCAUGGCCUUUGGCGGUGCUGACUCUUCUGAGCUACGUGGUGAAGCAGGCAUGCGGCAGCCUGGAGCAGCAGCUCAUCGUGGGAGAGUACCCUCCUCCCAGGAACAAGCGCCCGAUUGACUUGCUGAACCUGGGUUGA